AUGCAUCUCAAUCAUGCGAAAAAUGACAAAUUGCUUAUAGAACGGACAGCCAGGGAUCGUAAUAUUUUUUUCUAUUGUUCAUCUUUGUCAUCAAUGUCACAUCUAAUUGUUAGGGAUGUACAAGAAUCAGUGUUUGUCCCGCAAUGUGUGGAAGGGCCUUACAAUUACAAGAUCUAUGGUAGCUGCAAUGGCUUGUUUUUAAUUGGGAUUAAGCAGAAAUAUAUUUUGUGGAAUCCUUCUACAAGAGAAUCAGCAUUACUACCAUCACAUUGGGAUAAGUUCUUUUGUGAUUACAAUUUUGGAUUGGGAUAUGACCCAACUAGUGAUGACUAUAAGGUCGUUAAGAUUCCUGAAACUAAUUCAGAGGCACCCACUGAAAUUCUCUCACUAAAAACUGGUUCGUGUAGAAAAAUUUAUGAAGGUUACUUUACCAUCGAAUGCCAUAAUAUGGAUUAUUUGACAUUAGUACGAGGAACAUUUCAUUGGCUAGUUUAUUCCGAAGGAGGUAGGUUUUCUCUGUUUUCAUUUAAUAUUUCAAAUGAGGCGUUUGGAGAAUUACCAUUGUCGAAGGAGAUGCCUUUGUUCUGUGACACGAUCGAGCAAGGCGUAACAGUGUUAGGUGGAAUGCUUAGUGUAAAUUUUGUUUGUGUCAAGGAGGAUACUAUUGUUUUUGAUUUGUGGGUAAUGAAAGAGUAUGGUAAAAGAGAAUCUUGGACUAAAUUAUUUACAAUGAGAGAUAGCAGAGAUCGUUUUCAAGUGUUACCAAUCGUUCCGAAAUAUAUAUUUGGAGAUGGGCGAGUGUUGCUGAAUUCAGAUAGAAGAGAUGUGCUUAUAACAUUCAAAGAAUCAGACAGAAGAAGCAAUCUCAUAGGGCCUCUAACUAGUGAUGAAGAUACCAUGAGGUGGGAUGGAUAUACUUACACAGAGACUCUCAUCUCUCCAAAAGAUUGUGUUCUUGCUUGCUACUAG